GGGCGGGGGGGUGGGGUUUAUUUAGCGGUGGCACCCGCGUCUGGGUACUUCCGCUAGCGGCCUGUCGGCGCGGCCGGAGCCGGGUGAACGGCAGCCGGGAGGCACCAGGAAUGGUGCGGGAGCGCUCGGUGCUGUCAGUGGCAGAGAGCCCGAGGUUCAAGAAAGUGCAUCAGCCAUGUUGACUUUAGCAAAAAAACUGAAGCGUGAAGAGGGUAUGAAAGGGAGAGGCAACACAAAUCCAGGGACAGACUCAUCCCGUCGUGUGUCCAUUAGAGAUAAGCUGCUCAUCAAAGAGGUUGCAGAACUUGAAGCAAACCUACCCAGCACGUGUAAACUGGAUUUCCCUGAUGCAGACAAACUUUAUUCCUUCCAGCUGAAUGUCAUGCCAGAUGAAGGGUAUUACCAGGGUGGCAAGUUCCAGUUUAAAACGGAUGUUCCAGAAGCUUACAAUAUGGUGCCUCCCAAGGUGAAAUGUUUGACCAAAAUUUGGCAUCCUAACAUUACCGAGACAGGAGAAAUCUGUUUAAGCCUGCUGAGGGAACACUCCAUCGAUGGCACAGGCUGGGCUCCAACUAGAACUCUAAAGGAUGUGGUCUGGGGAUUGAAUUCAUUAUUUACUGAUCUCUUGAAUUUCGAUGAUCCCCUGAAUAUUGAAGCUGCGGAGCAACAUCUGCGUGACAAGGAGGACUUUCGGAGUAAAGUGCAGGAUUAUAUUAAGCAUUUUGCGAGAUGAUCACAUGAGCUGCCUUAUGGGACACCUUACUUCAAGCUGUAGAAGCCGAGUCUUCAGUCUUCUGAUGUCGACCAUCCAUUAAACACUGGAUUGAGGCAGUCCAGUAACAGUGUUGUUAUGAAGAAGAGGCUGUUGGUGCUACUUUGAAUUCAGCGUCAGUACAGUACAGCAAGUGAUGGGCAACUUUGGGCUAAGAUUCAAGAAUAAUUACUCUUAUUGUGACAAAAUAGUCGAGUUUUCUUCAAUUAUAAGGAUUGUACAGAG